UUGUAAAUAAUGGGCGUGGCUAAGAGGAGAUCGACGAAUGCGCAGGAGGGAAAACGGGAAGAUGGCGGAGGAUGCUGCGGUUGCUAUGAAGCUGUGGCUAGGAAGGCCGUGAUUCCUGCUCUGCCUGGCCGCGACUUCAGGUGGCAGAGAUGUGAGUGACGCCGGGACCUGCUGCCAACAAUGAGGGCGCCCCUCUCCACCAGAUUGGCAAUGCCACAAGUUCAUGAGUCCAAAUUUGCGCGAAGUCGCGCCUCCCCCGCCGUCAGCUCGCCGAGCGGUGUGUCGGGCAGGGUGGUCACCUCGCUGAGGACGGUCAGCCAGGAACGCUCCGCCUACUCCAGCACGCUCUUCACCAAUGGCAGCAGCUCCGGUCAGAAACUGCGCCCCCUGCCCCCUCCCCCCAUCCUGGAGGAGAAGUGUAAGCCGGAGCGCGGGCGCAGCACCCAGCGGGGGGCCGACCCCAUCAGUAAGAGGGGGCCGAUGAAGGCCAAUCACAUGAUCAAAGUCACCAGCCCGGCUGCCAUUAAACCCACCACCCAGGCCCCUCCCACUGCGCCCGGGCGGCUGUCCCGCUCCAAGUCAGUCAGUCACGUGGACCUGAGUUCAUCCAGGGGCAAGAUGGAGGACGGCAGCGGCGGACAGACCGGGACGGCGGGCAGGGAGAGGAGCGCGUCCUCAGGCCGGAAACCGCCACUGGACAUCGCCGCGCUGAAGAGGAGCAGCUCACUACAGAGGGUCAACGUCCUGCCCAGCCUCGACCUGCCCCCCAAAAAGAACAGUGCCCCCCGAGGCGAGGCCAGGAGAUCCCUGCAGGGAAGCCCCCCACUCGACAGCGACCCCCCAAAGACCACCGGAGGCAAGACCCAAGAAAAGCUGCUGACCUCUCCGCCCCCUCCCGUCCUCGGCUCGGGACACGUGGGACUGCGCAACCUCGGCAACACGUGUUUCCUGAACGCUGUGCUCCAGUGUCUGAGCAGCACCAAACCUCUGCGCGACUACGUCCUGCGCCGCGAAUAUCGCCAGGAGCAGCCGCUGAGCAGCAGGACGCCACAGGAGCUCACUGAGGCCUUCGCCGAUGUCCUCAACUCAUUAUGGAGCCCGACGGCCCCGGACGUCACGAACCCGACACGCCUGAGAGCCGUCUUCCAGAAAUACGUCCCAUCAUUUACAGGGUACAGUCAGCAGGACGCUCAGGAAUUUCUCAAGUUCUUCAUGGACAGAAUUCACACAGAAAUCAACAGGAAAAGUAAGAAAACUCCCAGCAUCCUCUCCGAUGCCAAGCGCCCGGUGUCUGUGGAGUCCCAGGACGCUCUCAGUGACGAUGAACGAGCCAAUCAGAUGUGGAAGAAGUACCUGGAGCGGGAGGACAGCAAGGUUGUCGAUCUCUUUGUGGGCCAGUUGAAGAGCUGCCUUAAGUGCCAGUCCUGUGGUUACCGCUCGCCUACAUUUGAGGUCUUCUGUGACCUGUCCCUCCCCAUCCCCAAGAAAGGCUUCAGCGGGGGUAAGGUCUCCCUCCUCGACUGCUUUGGCCUCUUCACCAAGGAGGAGGAGCUGAAUUCCGAGAACGCCCCGAUCUGUGACCGCUGCCGGCAGAGGACCAAGAGCACCAAGAAACUCACCAUCCAGCGCUUUCCCCGCAUCCUCGUCCUACACCUGAACAGAUUCUCCACUACUCGUUUCUCUAUAAAGAAGUGUUCGAUGUCUGUGGAUUUCCCUCUUCACCGGCUCAACCUCAAGGAGUUCGCCAGCGAGAAAGCCGGGAGCCCUGUGUACAACCUUUACGCCCUGUGCAACCAUUCUGGCAGCGUGCACUAUGGGCACUACACCGCCUACUGUAAGGACCAGUCCGGGUGGUUCUCCUACAACGACUCCUGGGUGAGUCCCAUCAACGAGAGUCAGCUUCAGUCCAGCGAGGCCUACGUCCUCUUCUACAAGCUCGAGGAUUCGGGCCUGAAGAAGUGAUGCCGCUCCGCGGGGGAGGGGCUUCUGUAGCUACUGAAGGAUCAAGCAGCCAAUGGGGUUUGUCUACGGCUCGUCUGGAGCAUCACGUGAUAGAAGCAAUAGAGACUCCGAUAUGGACUGAACUCCGGACUGUUUCUUUAAGACGACGGCUCGGUCCGUGCCAUCAGGUCAGGGCUUGUUAUCGCUGUGGAACCACAAGUCCCACCCGUCGGGGGGACAACUUUACUGUUUACUAGGAUUGGGCCCAAUGUAGAGAAACUGAGAAUCUCUGCACCAUUAAAUCCAAUAUGGCCGACGCUUCCCCAGCUUCACCGGAACGGCAAAUCAUGUUCCUGGGAAAGCUGGAUCACAGUCAAUGUGUCCGCCACCAGCAGCUGUCAUCCAGCUUUCCCAGCAACAGAUAUAUAUAGGACAAAAGAAGGACUGAUAUUUACUGGGAGGACUAGGAUGGCUGAGGCGCCUGGAAGAUGAUACCUCAUACCUCAGUCCCGAAUAACCGGAAACCAGCAAUAAGAAGUCAUAAAUGUGGUGGCCAUCACUGUCCGUCCGUCCCCCCCCCUAAUUCUAUGUCUCACGGUUUUAAUGAAUAUUUUUUGUACAGAAUAGUUUCUAUAUGAAAUUCCUGGAAGGUGAGUCCUGGGAAAUGUCCUGAGACGUCUGAGUCCUGGGAAAUGUCCUGAGACGUC